CCGCUCGCGAAGACGUGCCCGGCCUCGGUUUCCCGCAGCCUCGUCCCUUCGCUUCACACCCAAAGACGCAAGUGCCAGACAUGCGCCUCAAUUCCUACCUCAAGGUUUGGAGCUUGGUUCUUCUGGUUCUAGCAAUUAACAUCGGAGCAGUGCGACGUCGCGUGGAGGUGCAGAUGAGCGGUCCUCAGAUCGAGGGACUGGGGAUGCAGUACGCCAUGAACCCGACGCUGUCCGCGUUGGUUGUCGGGAGUUUGCUGAGCGAGCACCCGGCCCUGGCGGCAGGAUUGAUGGGCAUGUACCAGACCCAGGCGCCAAACAUUAGACUUCCUGUCCCUGGUCCUCCCCAAUCCCCGAUUUUGCCCGGGAAAACUUACGCACCAGCUUACAGCUCCAACGCGGUUCCAGUCCCCAAAUAUGUACCUCCAAAUUUCAAACCCUACUAUACCGGUCCUCCCGUGGCAUUCGAUGUCGAGGAAAGGCCCAGGCGAUGAUUCUGAGUUCAUAAAUGGACGUAUUUAUGUCAAACAGAACUAUGUGCAGGUGAGAAAUAUGGGGUGUGCUCCAGAAAGCUGG